AAGGGACAGUCGCGCAGCCUGCUGGGAAGCGGACCCUCCGCUUUCCCGCGGCAGCUGGACGAACGGGAGAGCGCUGCCCGUUCGUGGAACUCCAAGUCCCAGCGAGCCGUGCGCGCGAGCGAGGGCAGGCGGCUCCUCCUGCGGAAGCCCAUUCCGGCCCUAGCCGCCCCGACUGCAGCCUGAGCCCGAGCAGCUCAGUCGCCGCGGGACCUGGGCAGCUGGGGUCCAUCGGGGGUCGCCAUGAUCCGCUUCAUCCUGAUCCAGAACCGGGCGGGCAAGACGCGCCUGGCCAAGUGGUACAUGCAGUUCGACGACGACGAGAAACAGAAGCUGAUCGAGGAGGUGCACGCCGUGGUGACAGUCCGGGACGCCAAGCACACCAACUUCGUGGAGUUCCGCAAUUUCAAGAUCAUCUACCGACGCUACGCCGGUCUCUACUUCUGCAUCUGCGUGGACGUCAAUGACAACAACCUGGCCUAUCUGGAGGCUAUCCACAACUUCGUGGAGGUCUUAAACGAGUAUUUCCACAACGUCUGUGAACUGGACCUAGUGUUCAACUUCUACAAGGUCUACACGGUAGUGGAUGAGAUGUUCCUGGCGGGAGAGAUCCGCGAGACGAGCCAGACCAAGGUGCUGAAGCAGCUGCUGAUGCUACAGUCACUGGAGUGAGGAGGUGUCGCCCCAGCCUCGCCUGCUCGCCACCCCCGCCGCCCCCGCCGGCCCUGCCGGGUCUGGGCCCCGAGGGAGGAGACUGCCCCCCGCCCCCUCGCAAGCAGAGGCUCCUGCGUGUCCCACAUACCCUGUGCCACUCUCACGUGAUGCUGUGCGUGUGCGUGCGUGUGCCUGGAGCCCCCAAUAAACCUGUGGUCUCGCCCA